GGCUCUGGGCGCCCCGUGGGCGGAGGGCCCAGAGGCCAGUGAGGGGCAUCGGUCUCCCUGCUGCGGGCCGGGCUGGAGUCUCUGUCCACCCGCAACCGACUGGCGCCGGGCACUGCCGAGACCGCAGCCGAGCCGCUGUCACUGGGCGCCCCGCAGCCUGCUCCCAGCGAGUCGCGCUGAAGGCUGCCGAAGGACUGUGGUCCCAUUCUGCAGACCGGAAAUUAAGACUUAUCGUGGGGAGGAGACUUGCACCGGAGCCUCCAGCGAGAGAUCUUGGCGAUAGAGUUCAAAUCUUACUCCUGCUACCAGGUCCGAGCUAAGUACAUAUUCAGAAACCAAGUCAUGGAUCCACCUACACGUAAAGAAAAAUCCAAAGUUAAAGAACCUGUCAGCAGGGUGGAGAAGGCUAAGCAGAAAUCAGCCCAGCAAGAACUGAAACAAAGACAGAGAGCAGAGAUCUAUGCCCUCAACAGAGUCAUGACGGAACUGGAGCAGCAGCAGUUUGAUGAGUUCUGUAAACAGAUGCAGCCUCCUGGAGAGUGAGCCAGCCCUGUGUUCAACCCCCUGGGACUCUGCGGGCCUUGUUUGUGAGCUUGCUGCCAGUGUUAAGCUCAGAUGGCCCAUUUGGAGCCUUACUGAACUAAAUAAGACAUUUGUGGAUAAACCUGAACUCACGUGCUAUGUGUAACUUCCACAUCUCGGUUCUUCCACGCCGAAUUGGCCCAGUGUUCACUGAAGAGACUUCUCGUCUUUUACUGAGAUAAAAGGUCUCUUUUUUCUUCUUUUUUUUACUUUUUCUAUUAUUUGAGAAAAAUCAGUGUUUCUUGUAAAACCAUGUAUCUUCUUCAAAAAUGCAAAUAAAAUACUAAUAAAGUGCU